UCUCUAGGUGACGCUGUGUUGUAGCUGAUUGGCUGACGCGGUCGUGCGGUACGUCCUGUGCGUUUUCUGCUGACACGUGACAGUACCCGGAUUUUGGUGACGUCGCAGAACAACAAAGAUGGCAGGAAUAGGAAGCAGCACGUACUGGGAAGAUCUGCGAAAGCAGGCCAGACAGUUGGAGAACGAACUUGACCUAAAGUUGGUCUCUUUCAGUAAAUUAUGCACCAGCUACAGCAGCUCCAGAGAUGGACGUCGAGGAGACACGUCAGACACCACACCUCUGCUAAACAAUUCUACCCAGGACAGGAUGUUUGACACCAUGUCAGUGGAGAUUGAACAGUUGCUAGCCAAACUGACUGCAGUGAAUGACAAGAUGGCGGAGUACACCAAUUCUCCGGGCGCAGCUGCUCUCAACGCUGCUCUCAUGCACACGCUCCAGAGGCACAGGGACAUCCUACAGGACUACACACAUGAAUUCCACAAAACCAAAGGCAACUUUUUGGCCAUCCGGGAAAGGGAAGACCUUCUAGGGUCUGUCAGGAAAGACAUUGAGACAUACAAGAGCGGUUCUGGGGUCAACAACAGAAGAACAGAGCUGUUCCUAAAGGAGCAUGAGCAUCUGAGAAACUCAGAUCGACUGAUGGAUGACACAAUAAGCAUUGCUAUGGCGACCAAGGAGAACAUAACCUUCCAAAGGGGCAUGCUGAAAUCCAUACAGAGCAAGGUCAAUACUCUGGCCAACCGUUUCCCAGCUAUCAACAACCUCAUUCAGCGAAUCAACCUGCGAAAGAGAAGGGACUCUCUGAUCCUUGGCGCGGUGAUUGGCGUUUGCACCAUUCUCCUCCUGCUCUAUGCCUUCCACUGAAACUCAGUCUUUAAAGAGGCAGGAUUCAUCUGCUCUUUGUAGCAUGGAAACUCUCUGGGGGCUGAGCUGAGUGAUUGGAGGACCCUGGAGGUUCCUGAGCAGAAGGACAUUAAGUUGGUCCAGUUUUGGGACAGGAGCAAAUUUUGGCCAACAUUUUCUACUGAACCUGUAUUUAGCAGCGGGGACAGAUGGCGGGUUGGUGGUUGGGUGUUUUCUGCCAACAAGAGAACGAAGACCAAAACUACAAAUACGACUAGAUAAAAAAUAUAUAUUGAUAAAUCACUUUGAGAGCAAUUCUGUGCCACUGAAAGUGUAAAGAGACUGAGAUUGUGUGAUGGAUUUAUUAUUAUUUUUUUCACAGGUGAAGGAUUUUAAGCUGAAUGGUUGUUUUUAAUUGGUGGAGUGGGAUGGAUAGUUAACUGUGGGCUGUACAAUGUGAAUUAAUAAAUUAUUCAUAUCAGUAUGUACAACAAAGUGUGUGACACUAGAAGAUGCUCAUUUAGAACAUUUUUGAAACUCUAUUAUUUGAAACUUCAUCAACAUUUCUGCAUAAAUUUAAUGCCACCACAAGGCUCUAAUAAUAAUAAUAAUAAUAAUAAUAAUAAUAAUAAUAAUAA